CGAUUUCCUAAUUACUACAGCCGUGUAAAAACAAUAAAGAUGUGUCUAGCCUGCAGUCACUUGAUAGUAGAAGAAGCAGCAGCACCAGUAGUAGUAAUAGUAGUGUGGUGUAGCACUAUGGUGUAGCACUGUGAUUUAGCACUUUGGUUUAGCACUUUGGUUUAGCACUAUGGCACACAAAGGGAAGGCUACACCGUGGCGUAGUUGGAGCUUCACUUCAGCGUUUCUGCUAGUCUGUUUAGCACCCCUGACGAAGUCGUACAAUUUGAGAAAAGCACUUGGCAGAAAUAGAGAAAAUGGUCAUGAAGGAAAGAUUCUGUUUGGUAACUUCUUUGAGAAGGGGCGAACUGGUCUGCCAACAAGUAUACAUGCCAACUGGAAUGUUACCUCCUCUGCAGAAGAUGCCGUCGGUUAUCAAAAAGACUCGUCCGGGUGGUUCCAAGAUGAUCCCAGUGUACAAUGGAAGCACUUGGAGCUGUCAGUUCAAUGUGGUGCUUACCAGAUGAAGCUCGUAGCAAGGGAGCCAGAAGCGUCACAGUUGCAACUGGUCCAAAAAAACGCCAAGUCGCUUCCCUUGACUCAGCUCCCUGAAACCUGUGGCUACUCAAUCAGUCGAAACAAUGUAAUGCUUGUAAUGGUGGCUUCAUAUGACGGCUGUACAAUGAUGCAAGAGGACGGACGCUACAUCCUACCAAUGCUUUGGCAAAGAAGGCAUAUAAUGCUCUCAUGCCCCAUAAAAGAAAUGCAUCCAGCACCACCUAUGUCUCCAAGUCGACAAAUGUCCCCUAAACCAGCUGCCUUGCCCUAUCCAUACAACCAGUGGGCUAUGAGGCCUCCCUUCAACUAUUAUCCAUAUGGACAACAAGUAGUGCAUCAAGAGCCAGCCGAGACUGACCUCCCUACUACACAAGAACCCACGACGACAUCGCCAACACCACCCAAAGAGCUGCCAGCAAAAAUGUCCCCUAAACCAGCUGCCUUGCCCUAUCCAUACAACCAGUGGGCUAUGAUGCCUCCCUUCAACUAUUAUCCAUAUGGACAACAAGUGCAUCAAGAGCCAUCCAUGACUGAUCUCCCUACUACACAAGAACCCAAGACGACAUCGCCAACACCACCCAAGGAGCAGCCAGCAAAAAGCCCACCUGCUUCUAAACCUGCUGGCUAUCCCCAUCCAGAGUACCAGUGGCAUAUGAUGCCUCCCUUCCAACACUAUCCAUAUGGACAACAUGUAGUGCAUCAAGAGCCAGCCGAGACGGACCUCCCUACUACACAAGAGCCCACGACAACACCGCCAACACCACCCAACACCACCCAAGAGCCCACGACUACACCGCCAACGCCACCCAAGGAGCAGCCAGCAAAAAGCCCACCUGCAAAUAUUCCACCUGCUUCUAAACCAGCUGGCUAUCCCCAUCCACAGUACCAGUGGGCUAUGAUGCCUCUCUUCCAACACUAUCCAUAUGGACAACAUGUGGUGCAUCAAGAGCCAGCCGAGACUGAGCUCUCUACUACACAAGAGCCCACGACGACACCGCCAACACCACCCAAAGAGCUGCCAGCAAAAAUGUCCCCUAAACCAGCUGCCUUGCCCUAUCCAUACAACCAGUGGGCUAUGAUGCCUCCCUUCAACUAUUAUCCAUAUGGACAACAAGUGCAUCAAGAGCCAUCCAUGACUGACCUCCCUACUACACAAGAACCCACGACGACAUCGCCAACACCACCCAAGAAGCAGCCAGCAAAAAGCCCACCUGCUUCUAAACCAGCUGGCUAUCCCCAUCCACAGACCAGUGGGCUAUGA